AUGGAUACAUGCGGCAAACCCAGCCGUAACACUCCCUUGGAGAGGAUAACGUCAGAGCAAAAAGGCCAAACACACAAAGAACGCCAGCCCAAUCUAGAUAAUUCAAAGAUAGUACACUCCAUUACGCCUUUGGCAGAUCCUGAAUUUCACCACUCUUUACCCCGGCUGGAAUCUGAUCAGCCAAUGCCAAGUGAUGCUCCUUCCAAGGGAAAUGUGACACACAGAAAGCCAGAGACAGAUUUAAUUGUCUUUGAAGAAGACCCCCCGAUGGUCCCAGCAAUUCAGAUAACACUGCUGAUGCCGGGAAAUCGGGAAAAUGCUGCAACUCAACCCCGAGAACAACACCGUGCAUAUCCUAAGAAUGGUUGCAUCAUUACCGAACCAGUGGGAGAGCUGAUAACAAUUUCCCCACCACAAUGA